UAGUUUUACAAAAUAUUUUUCUGGAUCGGUGUGGCUUCAUGUUAAAGUACGCUGAAGGUUGCAAAAUGAGAAAAAUCCACUAGCGGAGUUUAAUCGCCGGACAUUCCAUUCACUUUUACCCUUGAAAAGCGCGCGAAGGAGAACCAAAGAGAGCUUUGAGCAAACCCUAAAGUCGACGACCGGAAACAUGCCGGAGCUUCCGGAGGUGGAGGCCGCGAGGAGGGCCAUUGAGGACAACUGCUUGGGGAAGAAGAUCAAGCGAUCCAUCAUCGCCGCCGACAAUAAGGUGAUCGACGGAAUCUCCCCGUCGGAAUUCGAAACGUCGAUCCUCGGCAAAACCAUCGUCUCUGCUCGUAGGAAGGGAAAGAACCUCUGGCUCGAGCUCGAUUCCCCCCCGUUUCCCUCAUUCCAGUUCGGUAUGGCUGGUGCUAUCUAUAUAAAAGGCGUCUCAAUUACAGAGUAUAAGAGGUCUGCUGUCAAGGACACAGAGGAAUGGCCAUCCAAAUAUUCUAAGUUUUUCGUGGAGCUUGAUGAUGGCCUGGAGCUUUCUUUCACGGACAAGAGGAGAUUUGCCAAAGUUCGGCUGCUAGAAAAUCCUGCUUCUGUACCGCCAAUUUCAGAGCUUGGCCCUGAUGCAUUGUUGGAGCCUAUGACAGUUGAUGAACUUGCAGAAAGCUUCGCUAAGAAGAAGAUAGCCAUCAAACCUCUCUUACUUGAUCAGAAUUUCAUUUCAGGUAUUGGAAACUGGAUUGCUGAUGAAGUGCUUUACCAAGCAAGAAUCCACCCUCUUCAGACCUCUUCCAGUAUGUCCAACGAACAAUGUGCUGCUUUACACAAAUCCAUCAAGGAGGUCAUUCAGCAUGCAGUUCAAGUCAAUGCUAAUAGCAAAGAGUUUCCUCAAAAAUGGUUGUUUCAUUUUCGGUGGGGACGAAAACCCGGGAAAGUUGAUGGGAAGAAGGUUGAGUUCAUAACUGCAGGUGGCAGGACAACAGCCUAUGUGCCCGAGCUGCAAAAGCUUUCUGGGAAAGAUGUGGCAAAAGCAGCAAAGGUCAAAGCAGCAAAAAAUGGUGCUAAAUCUAAAGAAGGCAAUGAAGAUGAAGAUGAAGAUGAAGAGGAAGAUGAACAAGAAAAAGAGGGUGAAGAUGGUGGUGCUAAAUUGAAGAAAGGGCAGAAACCUAGAGGGCGUGGUAAGAGGCUUGCUGGAAAGAGAAAACCCAAAGAGAGUGAUGAUGAGGAUGAUGGCGAGGUGGAAGAGAAUGAUGCCAAACCAAAGAAAAGUGUGGUGGCACCCAGAGGUCGCGGCAUGAAGGCAACAGGAAAGAGAAAAUCUGAAGACAGCAAUGCGGAUGUUGAUGAUUCUGGAACAGAUGAUGAUGGUGAUGAUGAUGAUGAUGAUGAUGAUGAUGGUGGAAACAAGAAACCAAGAAAGCGAGCGAGAGCAGGCAAGGCAACCCAACAGAAAGCUCCUGCAAAAACUAGUAAGAAGAAGCCCAAGGGAAGGAGUUAAGACGCAGACAGCUCCUAGCCUUCCUACAUGUUUUUGUGGGUAGCCACUGCCCAGAUGCUAAUUCCUAAGCCAGGUUUUGUAAGAAUAUUGUCAGAUGCAUUAAAUAUCCUUAUGUUUUUUUUUGUGAGUAACAAAGUCUAGACUGCCCUUAAUCAUAUGUAUGAUGCAACUGUUUCUAGUUAUUUAGUCCAUUUCUUUACCUCA